GGCAAAGAUUCGUGCCUACUUCCAUUUUUUCCAGCAUCCGGAAACUAGCGAUGGGUAAAUGCCGAGGUCUGCGUACAGCCAGAAAACUGCGUAACCACCGCAGGGAGCAGAGGUGGCAUGACAAGCAGUACAAGAAAGCCCACCUGGGCACUGCCCUGAAGGCCAACCCGUUCGGAGGGGCUUCUCACGCUAAGGGCAUUGUUCUUGAGAAAGUGGGUGUUGAAGCUAAGCAACCCAACUCUGCCAUCAGAAAAUGUGUGAGGGUGCAGCUGAUCAAAAACGGCAAGAAGAUUACAGCUUUUGUUCCUAAUGAUGGCUGUUUAAACUUCAUUGAGGAAAACGAUGAGGUUUUGGUGGCAGGAUUUGGUCGAAAGGGGCAUGCUGUUGGUGAUAUUCCUGGUGUCCGCUUCAAGGUUGUCAAAGUUGCCAAUGUAUCACUACUAGCCCUUUACAAGGGCAAGAAAGAACGACCUCGGUCAUAGAAUGUAUACAAUAAAACGUUU